GUCACAACAACAAACUUCCAACCUCGCAGCAGUGUUUUGUUUCCCGGCUACUUCAGUGUCAUUCCACCUGCAGAGAGCAGCAUCGUCGCAGUGCGGAAGAUGGCGUACGAGGGCAUGGAUGCCUUUUGCGGCUCCCCGUUCUGGAAUUCGUCCAGGACGUGGGAAACAGAUGAUCCUGAUUUCACAAUAUGUUUUGAGAAGACAGCGUUAGUUUGGGCACCCUGUGUUUUUCUUUGGUGUUUUGCUCCCUUAGAGGCCUAUUAUAUUGCUAAGAGCAGGAAUAGAGAUAUACCAUGGAAUUGGCUAAAUAUUUCCAAAUUGAUAUUCACUGGACUUUUGGUUGCUCUCUCAGUAGCAGACAUGGGGAAUGCUGCGUAUCGUAACGGAGAUGGUCUACAGGUUUAUUCUGUGGACUACUACACUCCCCUUAUAAAGAUAGCUACUUUUUUCCUAGCCGGUGUGCUUCUAGCUUACAAUCGCAAGCAUGGUAUUUGUAGUUCAGGUCUCCUCACUCUGUUUUGGCUGUUUCUCUUCCUUUUUGGUAUUCCUCAAUACCGAACUGAACUGAGGGAGGAAUUAGAAUUGCGUGAUGCUUCUGAACAAAAGCAGUUUCCUUUCAUUAGCUCUAUGAUCUAUUUGCCAUUGGUACUUGGAAUACUUGUAUUGAACUGUUUCGCGGAUGCUGAACCAAGACACUUGCAGUACCGCAAGACAGAGAAUAUGUGCCCAGAGUUAAAUGCAUCAUUUUUCAGUAAGGUUUUCUUUCUCUGGUUUGAUCCCUUUGCUUGGAAAGGGUUCCGCAACCCACUUGAAACAAAAGAUCUAUGGGCCAUGAAACCUGAAGAUGCUGCUGAAGAGGUUGUACCUCUAUUUACAAAGUUUUGGGAAGAAACUGUUCAAAAAACAACUGGCACUCAACCGGGAGCUGCAAAGGCGUCAUUUAGAAAGUCUUCAGGAAGCGUGGAUCUGACAGGUGGCCCCAAAAAGCCACUUAAACAGGCAUCUGUGUUACCAGCACUCUGCAAAGCAUUUGGGCCAACAUUUGUGUUUGGAGCUGUCCUAAAACUUAUUGUUGAUCUCUUAACAUUUGUCAGUCCUCAGAUCUUGAAAUUACUCAUUUCAUUUGUUGCACAUGAUGAGCCCCUUUGGAAAGGUUUGCUGUAUGCUAUUGUACUGUUACUCACUGCCAUGAUUCAGACCUUGUUCCUUGCUCAAUACUUUCAUCGUAUGUUUUUGGUUGGUAUGCGAAUUAGAACAGCUUUAGUAGCUGCUAUUUAUCGAAAGGCUUUACGAAUGUCUAACAGUGCUCGGAAAGAGUCUACAGUUGGGGAAAUUGUCAAUCUAAUGUCUGUUGAUGCUCAGCGUUUUAUUGAUCUCACUGCAUAUCUGAAUAUGAUCUGGUCUGCUCCAUUGCAAAUUGCUUUAGCCUUGUAUUUCCUUUGGAAUACUUUAGGACCAUCGGUGUUGGCGGGUUUGGCUGUCAUGAUCAUUCUUAUCCCAGUAAAUGGUGUUAUUGCUAGCAAGGUGAAAAACUUGCAAAUAACUCAGAUGAAGUAUAAAGAUGAACGAGUGAAACUAAUGAAUGAGAUCCUCAGUGGUAUGAAAGUUCUUAAACUGUAUGCUUGGGAACCAUCAUUUGAGGAUAAAAUUCUGAAGAUCCGUGAUAAAGAAAUUAAGGUUUUAAAACAAGCUGCCUAUCUCAAUGCUGGCACAGCCUUUAUUUGGGCAUGUGCUCCAUUCCUGGUCUCAAUGCUUACCUUCACAUGCUACGUAAUGGUAGAUGAAAGCCAUGAACUCACGCCUGAUAAGGUGUUUGUGUCCAUCACUCUCUUUGAAAUCAUGCGAGUACCUUUAGGUCUGCUACCUCUCAUUAUAGUAUUUACAGCCCAGGCGGCUGUGUCCAUCAAGAGAAUCAACAAAUACAUGAAUUCUGAGGAUUUGGAUCCUUCUAAUGUGUCUCAUGAUACUAAAGAAGGUGCUCCUCUUAAUAUUGAAAGUGGCACUUUUGCUUGGGGCCCAGAUGAACCCCCUACCCUAAAGAACAUCAAUUUCAAAGUAAACGAAGGGAGCCUUGUUGCAGUGGUUGGAAGUGUUGGUUCAGGGAAAAGCUCACUUUUAUCUGCUCUUCUUGGAGAAAUGGACAAAAUUUCAGGUCAAGUCAAUGCAAAGGGAUCUUUGGCAUAUGUUCCUCAACAAGCAUGGAUUCAAAAUGCUACAUUGAAAAACAACAUCCUUUUUGGAAAAUCUGCUGAUAACAGUCGCUAUGUCAAAGUUGUUGAUGCUUGUGCUCUCAAGUCAGAUUUUGACAUGCUGCCUGGAGGUGAUCAGACAGAAAUUGGUGAGAAAGGUAUCAACUUAAGUGGUGGGCAAAAACAACGUGUAUCCUUGGCAAGAGCUGUGUACAAUGAUGCUGAAGUUUAUCUGCUUGAUGACCCUCUGAGUGCAGUUGACAGCCAUGUUGGAAAGCAUAUAUUUGAUAAUGUUAUAGGACCUCAAGGACUUUUGAAGAAGAAGACCAGAGUCUUAGUUACACAUGGCAUUACCUUUUUGCGAGAGGUUGACUUAAUUGUUGUCUUAAAGGACGGUGAAGUUUCUGAAACUGGCACUUUCAAAGAACUUAUGGAAAAGAAGGGAGCAUUCGCAGAAUUUUUACUGCACCAUUUGCAGGAAGUAUCUAAUGAGGGUGAUGCAGAUGCAGAAGAAAUGAUUGCCCAGCUUGAAGGAACUCUUGGUGCAGAAGAACUCCAGAAAGAACUACACCGACGGAAGGCGAGAGUGUCCGAGAGCCAGAGUGAUACCGGUUCUAUUGCUGAGCGAACCUCUCUCACAGGAUCUUUAAAGAGGGGAGGAUCAGGAUCCAGUGAGGGCCUUCGUCGAAGACACAGUAGUGAGCAGAAAGAACCAACCCCACCCAAACAAGACCUUGCUAAAGGAGAAAAACUAAUCGAAGCUGAGAAGGCAGAAACAGGAAGUGUUAAAUGGAGAGUGUAUGCCCAUUAUUUGAGCAGCAUUGGAGUUUUUUUGUCAGUUGCUACUAUUGUUUUGAAUAUGAUUUUCCAAGGAUUUUCUAUUGGCUCAAAUGUUUGGUUGUCAAAGUGGUCUGCUCAGAAUUACACCAAUCUAAAUGGGUCAGAUUACACUAGUACUCGUGAUAUGUACUUAGGUGUUUAUGGAGCUUUAGGGUUUGGCCAAGGCCUUGGUGCUCUCUUGGUUGAAUUUACUCCUCGACUGGGAUGUUUGAGGGCCAGUAAACUUAUGCAUGGCUUUCUAAUGAAAGGCGCUAUACAUGCUCCUCUCACAUUUUUUGAUGUUACUCCUGUUGGCAGAAUUCUGUCACGGUUUGGAAAAGAUAUUGAUGUUCUAGACAACAUAUUGCCUCAGAACAUAUCGGACACUCUGUACUGUUUUUUUGAGGUGAUUGCUACUCUUGUAGUCAUCAGUUACAGCACUCCCCUUUUUAUUGCUGUAAUUCUCCCAGUAGGCAUUCUUUACUAUUUUGUACAGCGCUUCUAUGUGGCAACUUCAAGGCAGUUAAAACGUCUUGAAUCAGUUUCAAGAUCACCUAUAUAUUCUCAUUUUGGUGAAAGUAUUACAGGGGCCUCAUCCAUCAGAGCUUAUGGAGUUGUGGACAGAUUUGUCAAUGAGUCGGAGGAGAAAGUUGACUUCAAUCAAGUUUGCUUUUUCCCCAGUAUUAUAGCCAAUCGGUGGCUUGCUGUUCGUUUGGAGAUGGUUGGAAACUUCAUCAUAUUUUUUGCUGCUUUGUUUGCUGUAAUUAGCAAAGAUUCUAGUCCUGACAUGGCAGGACUUGUGGGAUUGUCAAUUAGCUAUGCUCUUCAGAUUACACAAACUCUUAACUGGUUAGUUCGAAUGACAUCAGAUGUGGAGACCAACAUUGUUGCCGUGGAGAGAAUCAAAGAGUAUGGAGAAACACCUCAGGAAGCUGCUUGGGAAAACCCCAAUAGUGUUGUCGACUCCAAUUGGCCUCAGGAGGGCAAGGUUGAUUUUAAAGACUAUGAAGUUCGUUACCGGGAAGGUCUGGAUUUGGUUUUGAAAGGCAUUAACUUCACUGUCAAAGGUGGUGAGAAGGUGGGCAUUGUUGGUAGGACAGGUGCAGGAAAAUCUUCGCUUACUCUUGCCUUGUUCAGAAUAAUUGAAGCUGCUGGUGGUCAAAUACUUAUUGAUGGUGUUGAUAUCUCAAAGCUUGGUCUCCAUGCCUUGCGUUCUCGUCUCACAAUCAUUCCACAAGACCCUGUUCUGUUCUCUGGAUCAAUGCGCCUUAACUUAGAUCCGUUUGGAUCAUUCAAAGAUGAUGACAUCUGGAGAGCAUUGGAGCAUGCGCACUUGAAGUCUUUUGUGAAAGGGCUAGCUGCAGGUUUGGAGCAUGAAGUCACUGAAGGUGGUGAAAAUUUGAGUGUGGGGCAACGACAACUUAUUUGUCUUGCGCGUGCACUGCUGCGGAAGACCAAAGUUCUUGUACUUGAUGAAGCAACAGCUGCUGUAGAUCUAGAAACCGAUGAUCUGAUUCAGAGAACUAUCAGGGAAGAAUUCAAAGAGUGCACAAUUUUGACAAUUGCACACAGACUCAACACCAUCAUGGACUCUGACAGAGUACUUGUCUUGGAUCAAGGUAAAGUGGUUGAGUAUGAAUCACCCGAUGCCCUGCUGCACAAGAAAACUUCAAUAUUCUACUCCAUGGCAAAAGAUGCGGGGCUGGUCUGAACAAAAAUUUCCAAGGGAAACUGAGCUGAUAUCAAACUUGAUGUAUUGUGGCAUCAUGGCAAUUUUUUCUGUGUCCCUGUGUUGUAGGAUGGCAUGCUUGCAAGUUCCUCUGAUGCUUUUUUCCUUUCCUUUUGAAAAUCUUAACUGUUGGGUAACAUUCUUUGUUUACUGCAGUAAAUGGUUUGUACCAAUGCAAUAUGCAUAAGGAAUUUAAUUUUACUCUGUUGUAUAUUCAAUCUUUUAUGGAAAUCUCAAUUUGCUUACUUCCCUCUGCUUUAUUUAAUCAUUUUAUUGUGCUUAAAAGACACAAGUUAUGGGUACUGCUACAUGAUACGGCACUGCUGUAAUGAAGACUGAAACUGCAACAUAGUACUUUCCUUCAUGAUUGAUAACAGUCCUUGUACUUACAAAGUUUUAUCACAUCUUUUGUAACCUUUUUUUUUUUUCUUUUUCAAAA